UUUACCGGUGGAGACACAUUGAUCCAUUUAUGUCUUGAAUUAUUAUUAAUGAGUCAAAAAAAUAAAAAAAUACAAAGAAAGGGUUGUGUCCCUUAUUAAACACAAAGUAGAGAGAUGCUCAAAUCACACAACUGCUAUGUGCUAACAAAACAUAAAUAAUGGAAAUGAUAUUAGUCUCUUUGUGCUUAGCCACCUUCUUGUCCCUUCUCUUCUUAAAACCACUCCUUGAACGAAUCACCCCCACUAAGCGUAAGUUACCACCAUCUCCAUGGUGGUCGCUUCCGGUGAUCGGAAACCUCCACCAGCUCGGUCCCAACACUCACCGGUCUCUCCAUUCUCUCAGCCUCCGGUAUGGACCACUCAUGCUCCUUCAUUUAGGACGUGUCCCUGUUCUCGUUGUCUCUUGUCCAGAAGUUACUCAUGACAUCGUGAAAACACACGACCUCAAAUUUGCAAACCGCCAGGAUUUAAAAGCUAUUGGCAUAUAUAUGAAAGGUGGGCGUGAUAUAAUCUUUGCCCCGUCCGGAGAAGAUUGGAAGAACAUGAAGAGUUUGUGCAUGAUGCAUCUGUUCAACAACAAAAUGGUUCGGUCCUUUGAGAAGCUAAGAGAAGAAGAGAUAAAAGUAAUAACAAAGAAGCUAGAAGAAGCAUGUUCAUCUUCUUCAUCAGUAAAUCUAAGGAAACUGCUUAUGACUCUUACCAACGAUAUCAUGUGCAGAAUCAUCUUGGGAAGAAAAUACAACAGCGAGGAAGGUGGAAUUGAUAUCAAGAACUUAGUAGUGACAUUACAUGAGUGCUUUGGCAAAUUCUUUGUCGGAGAUUUUAUUCCCAGCUUGGCAUGGAUAGAUAGGAUCAGUGGCGUAGAUGCUAAAAUGGAAGACAUAAAUAAUAAGUUAAAUGGAUUUUUAGACAGCGUGGUGCAAGAACAUGCCGAUCGCGAAGAGUCAUCAGAUUUUGUUGAUAUGUUGCUAUCGAUUCAAAAAGAUCAAACCAAACGAUUUGGACUUGACAGAGGUGACAUAAUACUCAUCCUUAAGGAUAUGUUUUUUGCAGGAACAUUAACAAAUUUCUCAGUACUAGAAUGGACAAUGACAGAACUUAUGAGGCAUCCAGAGUGUAUGAAAAAACUACAAGAUGAGAUUAAUUCAGUGUCAGCUCAUAACUCAAAUGUAACAGAGAAAGAAGUUGAAAAAAUGGACUAUUUACAAUGUGUGAUCAAGGAGGGGCUACGGCUGCAUCCCGCUGCUCCAUUAUUGUCAAGGAUAUCUACUGAAGACAUCAAAUUAAAGGGAUUUGAUAUUGCUGCUGGGACACAGGUACUAAUCAAUGCUUCGUCAAUUCUACGAAACCCUGCUAUAUGGGGACAUGAUGCAGAAGAGUUUAAACCGGAGAGGCAUAUUGGUUCGAAUUCGGAAUUUAUCGGUAAUGAUUCAAAGUUCCUUCCAUUUGGAGCGGGAAGAAGAGUUUGCCCCGGACUGGGGUUUUCUAUUGUCUUGUCAAAAUUAACACUAGCCAACCUUGUGAAACGGUUCAACUGGAGAGUUACGGUCGGACCAGGGGAAGAUGAUAAGCCUGAUCUAGCUGAAGCCUCGUCUGGUAUUGAUGUUCGCCGCAAGUUUCCACUCAUUGUCUUUCCCUCACUUGUGCACGCAUGAAGGUAUUAAUACACCUUGAUGAUAAGAUACAUAUACUUAACGUGUCCAGUUCACUAGCUUGUCCCAUGAUGAUGAGUGUGAGUAGCUUUGCUUUUAUGUUCCUUUAUAACGUAGUACUUUUACUAUUUUGUGGUCUGCAUACUUCUUAAGUAAACUUAUUCGUGA